GAGCAGUCAGUCAACAAUGAGCAACAACCUGUCAUGUUUCGCUUUUCCUCCGCUGUCGCGCGAGCGCCCGUGACCCUAAUGAGAGCAGACACGUCCAGAGAGCUUCAGUAAAUAGGCUAAGGAGGUCAUGUCACUUUCAUCGCCGUCGAAGCAAAAGGAAGCGGAGGAAGUCUUCAUUCAACAAAGACUUCCCGUUGACUCGAAAUCACCCCAAAAGCAAUGCACGAGUCAAGUGUGACGCAGUCAGCGUUGGCCGGCGAUAUUACCCGGAAUAUGAGCAACUGCACUACACCUUACAGCCAGGGCCGCAUCCCAUUGAUCGCGCUGUACAGCACUGUGCUGAUAAUCGGGCUGCCAGCCAACAUUGCCACCGUUUUUAUGACCUUCCUACAGGUGCAGCGCAAGAACGUGCUAGGCAUCUACCUGCUGAGCCUGUCCCUGUGCGACCUCAUGUACCUGGGCACCCUGCCCUUGUGGGCGGCUUACGUCAGCGCUGGCCAUGAGUGGAUGUACGGCUCCCUAGCCUGCAAAGUGACCAGCUAUGUAUUUUUUAACAACAUGUACAUUAGCAUCUUCCUGCUGUGCUGCGUGUCCAUCGACCGCUAUGUGGCCGUGGUCUACGCGGUGGAGUCCCGCGGCCUGCGCCGGCAGAAGCUCGCCGGGACGAUCACGCUGGUCAUCUGCCUGGUGGUGGCCCUGGGGCAUGUGCCCGUUUUCACCAUGUCGGAGGGAGACGCCGACACUGGGGACAAGCGCUGCUUUGAGCCGGGCCAAAGCACCGCCAUGGUGACGGGCUUCAACUACGCCCGCUUCGUCAUCGGAUUCUUCAUCCCCCUGGGCAUCCUGGUGGUCACCAACCACUCCAUCCUGGUCAACAUCCAGGCCAGCACGGGCCUCCGGCCCCAGCAGAAGGCCAAGGUCAGGUACCUGGCCAUGGCAGUCAUCGCCUUCUUCCUGGUCUGCUUCGGCCCUUAUCACAUCAUCCUGCUGCUGCGUGCCGUCAUGUACCACUUCCCCUCCUUCCAAAAGGGAUGCCACUUUGAGAACAGCAUUUACACGCCCUACACCAUCUCCCUGGGGCUGUCUACGUUCAACAGUGCCCUGAACCCCAUCCUCUACGUGCUGGCCAGCGACAACAUACGCAAGGAGAUCCGGCGGGGCCUGGCCAGCUUCCGUAGCCGCAGCGCUCUGCAGCGGCCCUUCACGGACAGCAGCCAGCACAAGAUGCACAACUCCAAGAACUCGUCAGAUAUGGCCACUGUGCGGGAGAACAAAGUCACUUAGCGGCAUGGGGGCACUCUCUGGUUUUCGGUGGUGGACGCAUUUCUGAACUGAACUUGCUACUUGUGCUGCUGUCAGGCAGGUGUGGAGACUGAUGGGCACGCCAGUGCCAAAACCAGGUAUUUCUUUUGUCAUUAUUUUCAUCUCUAUGCAUAUAUAGAGGGCGGCCUGUAGUGUAGUGGUUAAGGUAAAUGACUGGGAGACGCAAGGUCGGUGGUUCUAAUCCCAGUGUAGCCACAAUAAGAUCUGCACAGCCCUUGAGCAAGGCCCUUAACCCUGCAUUGCUCCAGGGGAGGAUUGUCUCCUGCUUAGUCUAAUCAACUGUACAUCGCUUUGGAUAAGAGCGUCUGCCAAAUUCCAAUAAUGUAAUGUAAUGUAAUUUAAUUGUAUUCAUAUCUGACCUGUCUUACAAGAGUAUCUGUCAUUGUGCCACAAUCUGCUCAGGACGCCAACAUUUGGAGUGCCUGGGAGUAAAUUAGGCAUUUGUUUACAUCACUGCUAUGAAGGCUUGCAUGUAUUUAAGUAUCACUUGGUAGCCUAUUUCAUGGAUUUUAAAAGUUUGUGAUCGCUACGAAGAAUGCCUUUUUUUAUAUAUAAAAUGAGUUGGAAUGGAUUCAUUGAUGUAUAGCACUUGUUAUGUAUGUUCUGUAAAUUAGUGUAUGUACAACUGUAUGUGUGCUGAAAUCUAGAUUGAUGGCUAGAUACUAGUUCUGCAAUAGGAUGACACUGGUAUCCUGUAAGUGUGAGCUGCAAUAUUGUGUGUUGCAAUAUUGGUGAUAUGCAGAGGUGGAGGCCAACAGACACAUUGUGCUGUCAUUGAGCAGCUCUGAUGAUCCCUAUCAGUAGUCAGUGUCACCCAGGAUAUGCCAUACAGCAUUCACCGAGUAGUAUUUUAUCAGUCAACUGCCAAGGUGGGCUUUCUGAAGGUAUCAAUAAAUGUCCCCAACAGAAGCCAGUGUUGUAACAUACAUUGUCGUUUGCCCAUUGGGUUGUCAACAAGCAAGAUUAAGUUUGGCCCACUGAUCACGAUCACAUACUGAACAUUUUGCCACAAUGACUGAAUAUUUGUUGUUUUAUUUAAAAAUGUGAGGUCAGUAUUUCUCUUUCUGAAAUGUAUAUCUUUUUUUAAUUAAAUGUACAAUUUUACAAUUUUGACAGAGAAUGUAACUAACUUUGUAACAGAGCACUGAGCACAGUUUACGGAAUGUAUGCAGACAUGUACACAUACUAGAUUAUAAAACAUACUUUUUAUAUUUGCUGCAGCAAUACAUCAUUUCCAUUGGUAAUUUCAAUGUAGUUAACAGAUUGUUAGGUCUACACUUUCAUCCUAAUGGAGCUUUCAGAGGUAUUAAUUUGCUUUGUACAGUCCUCUGUACAAUGGCUGUGCACUGGGUUUUAAAACCAUAUGGUGAGAGAGAGGAUAUAGGCACUGGAAAAAUAGUAUUACUGCACAUUGGAAAAAUUUAAUUUUCCAUUAUCUUGUAAGAAAAUAUACGUCUGGGUGAUGCUUGUGUCAGGGACGCAAGGACUAAUGUAAAAUGUGUUUAAAACAGCAAUUACUUACACACACACAAGGCUGACCCCCCAGUUAUGUCUCUCCGUUUCUCAUCUCUAGACCAGGCUUGGUCUUUUGAAGUUCCCUAUGACCCAAUGGUGAAUUAGGAAUUAGUUCCCUGACACUUGUAAUGCAGAAAUGAGGAAUGGGAUUUAUUAGUGACACAGUCAUACACAUUUAAAGGUGUAAGGAACCCCCUUUAUUAAUUAAUUAAUUAGUAUUUACUGUAAUAUAAGGGCUAAUGUUUCAUUAUUACUUUGCAAUAUAUCAAGCCAUUCUUGAAGAAACAAUAUUAAUUAUAUAAUCUUGUGUCACACUUGUUUAUUUUGUCUGUUUUGUGAUUUUGUUUAGUGAUGUGAGAUGCAAGAGCUUUGGAAUGGGGGAGCCAAACGCCUUGUGAAUAAGCUGUUUGACUGGGCUCCAGAAGGUGGUUCAAGCCCCAGUGUAGCCACAUUAAGAUCAGUGCAGCUGCUGGGUCCUUGAGCAAGGCCUCACAUUGCUGUAGAUAUAGUGUGCCUUUCAUAGACAAAGAGAAAGCACUGUACAGUAAAUAGUGAAGACAAUUCUUAAAGAUCACAAAAAUCCACACAACGUUAUUGAGGAAGUGUGUGUGUGGGGAUUUUUUCACUUGUCAUACUGGGGUGGAGGUGGUGUCCGAGGUUCCUCCUAAUUUUAAUCUCAUACAGAAAUGGCGUUAUUAGCAAUUUGUUCUGGGUAGCAUUGAGUCAUUAUCCGAGUCUUGUACUGGAGGAAAUGCUUUGCUACCACUGAAGUUCAAGAAUCAUUAGAGACUGCAAUCUGUUCUUAUUGGGUAUUUUUGUCAAAGCAACUUACGCCAUAAGUAUAUUUGAGAUGGAUUUUUAUUGUCUGAUAUUGGAUCGUAGUCUUUUCCUAACCAAUUUAUUACUUUUGUUGCUUACUACUGGAUGUGUCCUACUCAUGUUUCCUUUCCCUUUUUGGAGCUGUAACACUGACUGAACAGUGUAUAAUUGGAAGAAUUUUCAUUCUUCAGUAUUUAAUUUGCUGAUUCCUUAUUUCUCAUUUUACAGGGGUUAAAUCCUGUUGGUCUCAUAUUAUUGUAAGCCAUUGUUUGUCUAAGGCCUAUUUAUAUAUAAUUUAUAUUACUGUUCUGCUGAAGAGUGUACAGUUGCCAAAUGCAUGCUUCUCCUGGCCUCCUUCCCCUCACAUGCAUUCACAAAGGAUUCAGUGCUGUUCCCAUGGUGCCAGUGCUCCUAUGGUUUUGGGAAGUACUUCCUGCCAGGUAAUGCUGUAAAAUGUAAAAGUGGCAUGAUUAAAGAGUUACACAAAUAAGGAAA